CUUUUCACUUUGAGGAUACCCUGUUCAACUCAAUCCUUAGAUCUAUUAAUUCCUAGCUUAUUGAGAUUGGCUGGAUGAGUCAUCUAUAAGUCGGCAAAGACAGUUGGUCGGUGUCCGUGUGGGAUGUUGUCAGGGCAUCCAAUCAAAACUAAUACCAAAUAAGAUAAAAAAUAACGAUUAUAAUAAGGUCUCAAAACGUUACAUCGAAGAUUCCGUCUUGGUCUUCUCAAUUUACAUAUUGACAGCUCCAUCAACCAGAGAUAAUAGUAUAAUAAGAAAACUACGACAAAAGAUUUGAAAGUCAAAUAUAGACGACUUGCAUGCAAUUGCAUUCCCAUGCCUUGCAAGUGGACAUAGCUAGCUUUCUUUAGAUUGUAUUCGGCAGUAACAGCAUGAAUCAGACAAGGCAGUAGCCAAUAAAAGUUGAAAAAGUGAAUCGGCCUGUUAUCGCACGAUUAUGUUCAUUUGCUAACGAAAAACUUGCGCAAAGUUAAAGGCAGCUUUCCCAUUUUCAGGUAUAUAAGUAGAGCCGGAAAUGGUUGCAUAUUACAUAAGGUGGCUCUGCUUCAUCGUUUUUGCAGCUAAAUUCAAACGAGAUGAGGAUGAGGAUUUUCUCAAUGCGUCGUCGUGUUGCCAGGAUGGUGCUUGGGAAGAGUCGCUUAAAUAUACAAUAUAAGCAUAAGAAAAAUGGGACAAAAGAUUUGAACGUCAAAUACAGACGAUUAAAGGCAGAUAUCGAAGAGAUUGGCAAGAAGCAAAAAAGCAUCAAAGAAGGACAAUCACAGGUUCGAGAGAAAUUCAAGGCUAUUGAAAUGGGAUGUCAAGUGCUAAAGAAAGAAACUGAACUCAUUACCCAGCGAAGUGCGCUUACACAUCUUCGUCUGGCUCUCCUGUUUCAUAUACUCAAGGCACGAGAAGAAGGCGAUUUCGCUAAGGCCGCUCAGCUCACUCAGUGGCUACGGUUGAUUUAUGUAUGUUAAAUUUUAUUAUAUUUGACAUAAUUAUUAUUCGGUUUUGUUAUAUUGUUUUUACAAUUAUUGAUUUUAAAUUUAAAUAAUAAAAUUAUAUUUAAUUGUAAAUAUUUUUUGUUUAAUCAUAUUAUUAAUAGUGUUGCGUUAUAUAUUGACAUAU